AUCUGUAAUGUGUAUGUCCAUUUCAGUGUUGUCUGUUUUAGUAUGCAGGUGAUAGACUAGAGAACAAGACCUCUGUCUCCGUAGCAUCCUGGUCUGAAUGCCAGAAUGGAUAACCGUUUUGCUACAGCAUUUGUGAUUGCUUGUGUGCUUAGCCUCAUUUCUACCAUCUACAUGGCAGCCUCUAUUGGCACAGACUUCUGGUAUGAAUAUCGAAGUCCAGUUCAAGAAAAUUCCAGUGAUUUGAAUAAAAGCAUCUGGGAAGAUUUCAUUAGUGAUGAAACUGAUGAGAAGACUUACAAUGAUGCCCUUUUCCGGUAUAAUGGCAAUGUGGGAUUAUGGAGACGGUGUAUCACCAUACCUAAAAACACACACUGGUAUGCACCACCAGAAAGAACAGAGUCAUUUGAUGUGGUUACAAAAUGCAUGAGUUUCACACUAACAGAGCAGUUCAUGCUGAAAUACGUUGAUCCUGGAAACCAUAAUAGUGGAAUUGAUCUACUUCGGACCUAUCUUUGGCGUUGCCAGUUCCUUUUACCUUUUGUAAGUCUAGGUUUGAUGUGCUUUGGGGCAUUGAUUGGACUCUGUGCUUGUAUCUGCCGAAGCUUAUAUCCCACCAUUGCUACUGGCAUUCUUCACCUCCUUGCAGGUCUGUGUACAUUGGGUUCAGUAAGUUGCUAUGUUGCUGGAAUUGAACUACUUCAUCAGAAAUUGCAACUGCCUGAGAAAGUAACUGGUGAAUUUGGAUGGUCCUUCUGCCUAGCUUGUGUCUCAGCUCCCUUACAGUUCAUGGCUUCUGCUCUUUUCAUCUGGGCUGCUCACACCAACCGGAAAGAGUACACCUUAAUGAAAGCAUAUCGUGUGGCAUGAAAGGGAAGCCGCUUGCUUUAUAAACAAUUGCCAUCAUAUUUUUUUAAUAUUGGUAUUUUCCCCUUGCUUUCCUCAUCGUUUUAAUUUAAUUCCUAAUUUUUGUAGAUGUACCAUUUUAUCCUAAAAAAUCCACUUGUUUAUGUACCACUAAAGACUUAAUACCACUAAAAUUCAUUUGAUUUACUCUUGAAGUAUUCUAUAUUUCAAAGAAACUAGGUUCAAAGUCUAGAUAGAAAGACAUUUCUAGAAAUGAUACAAAUUUCUGAAAGAAAACUGUUGGAAAUUGACCCAGAACAAGUUCUCAUGUGUGUUAAAUUUUCCAGUAAGUAGAUGACUAUAUAUGUUGAGCUAGAAACACUAAUUUUGGGAAACCUCUUAUCAUUGUCAACACUUCAUAUUCACUUUGCUGUUGUAGAUAGCCAGUCAGUUAGCAGUAUUAGUAACAUUUUCAAAGACUUAAGUUCCAUAAAAUGGGGAAAAUAUUUAAGAUCCUUUUUCCUAAACUUUGGCACAUGACUUUAUCUGAGAUGAAAUAUGGCAGCUGUUACACUGUUGUCUGUCUACAAGAAGUGAAAAAUACAGUGUUUACUUAAAAAUUCCAACACCUCCAGAUAAACAAGUUAAUCCGGUUACAGUAUAUUACCUUUUUCUAAAACUCAGUAAAAAUUUUCAACACUAGAGACCAUUUUCAAUAUUUGCUCUUCCUUCUUCAUACACCAGGCUUAUUAAAAGUGUGCUAUCUCUUAAAUAUUAUAUUAGGAUCGUACAGUAAAUUCUCCAACUGUUUCUCUUUAUUCCAGCUAAGUACCGUAAAGAAGGUUCUAACAUAUAAUGACCCUCCAGUGCUGGGAAUACUACCACAAGAUCUAAAGCUAUGGCUGUCCAUUAGCCUUCAACUGUGGUCUUUAUUUCUUGUGGUGAAACGAUGUGCCUUUCCUUGCCUAACUCCCUUCCUGGUGUGUAUCAACAUUAUUUUAUGUCUUCUGAUUUAGUCAUUUUUUAUAAAUAUGUCUAUAAACAUUGAACAUUGAAAAUCUUAUUUAUUUAUUCCAUUACUGUAGCAUUUGACAGAUAUAAAAAUAUGUAACUAAGUAAUUUCUUACCAUAUCCUAAAUCUGUCUUUUUUAAAAAAAUAAAAUUAAAAAUGAGAAUUGUG